AUGCUCAGUCUCAGUAGACAAGUUUUGGCUGCCUCUGCCCGCGUGCAGACUACUCUCCCUUCGGUCGUUGCUCUCCAAGCCUGCCGACGUUUGGUGGACAACCCUGGAUCCAUCGUCGACCGGUCUCCGAGUUCUCCUCUGCAGACUAUGAGGCAAGCGUUGUUGGUUUCUGGUCAGUUCAAACCGAAGGAUGCUAAUGAGACUCGUUCGUUUGUCGCCGAUUUGAUCGAGGUUGAGGAUAUGCUCACUUUCGCUGGGAUGAAGACUUUCAUGCCUCCGCAAUCGCAGAAGCUGUUGAAGCUGACCAGAGUGGAAGCUUAUAAGUAUCGUGAUGGCCGCAGGGAAACUCAGAUAGUUCAAACGCUCAAGUCUUUCGGUAUGUUUGCUGAUGUGGUCUACACCUCUCCUAGACUCACUCAUAUCAAAGUGGAGUGGAUGAAGGGAGCUUUCAUCAUUCCUCAUGAGGGUUGCGAUGAGGAGAGUCUUCAACGUUACGCUAGGCGGGUCGCGGAGACCGAGGUCUGCAAGGUUGCCAUUCUGGACAAAUGGGAUACUGCUAUCAACCAGAGGCAUUACCUGAAGAACGCCCUUGUCGCCUUGCAAAAAGCAGGCCCGACGUGUGGAGUGAAUCGGAUAGUUACCAUCCUAUGCACCCUGAUGGCCGAUAAUAAGACUAGACCAAGGGAUCCACUACGAAGCCCUACACCAUCUUCUUACUCGCCAUCACCUAAGCAUCCUAGAGAGGCCUCGCCUUUUGUUAAUAAGGGAGAUGAGGAGGAGGAGAAUGAGGCCGUCUGGGGGAACUACUACUCGACGUCAGUGAUGGACGAGAGGAUGGUUUCUGAUAUAAGGCAAGAGUCAUUGAGCUACGACGACUGUCUAGAGGGGUAUUUACCUUCACCGAUCACUGAGAUAUCGGGGGUGGGCCUGGAGUGUGUGGCGAGAGCGGUGGAGGAGGUGGAGGUCACUCAGGAGAGUAGCCGUUUUACGGAGGCUAGUGGGGUUGACGAGGCUGACUAUGAUGUUGGCGUUGUCAGUGAUAUAGGGGAGAAAGCCUUGGAGGUCCAGUCUGCCUUGGAGGAGGGUGAUGGUGAGGAGGAGGGGGGAGAGGGUAGUCCAGGGGCAGCCGAGGUGGUGGAUGAGGAUGGGAAUGAUGAUGAUGAAUUCACAGAAGUCGGCAUGGGAGCCGCUGGGGAUGAUGAUGAUCAUGAUGGGAAUGCCCCUGAGGGUUACCAGGUCGAGGAGGAGGAGGAGGAGGAUGCAAGGCAGGUGGUGGAGACGUCUGUGGUGGGAGGUGAUCAAGGUGAGCAGCAGCAGUAUGGUGUGGAAGAAAAGGAUGCUGCUGCUGCUACUGCUGCAGCUGCCGCUUCCAAUAGUACUGCUACACAUGCCCAGGAUGGAACAGACCUUCUGGCCGAUGAGCUGAUCGCACCAGAGGCCCCUUUCCCAAGCAACCCUGCAGAGGCCCGAUUGCUACUACAGAAACUCACUGAGGCUGAGAGUGGUUUGUGUGUAUCCACGGCUUUCCUCCAAUCCUUCAUCGACCAGUUCAUCACCACACUCCCUCAUGAGAUAUGCUCCUCCAUAGUGGAAGUGAAGACAUAUAAAAAUGUGCAGGAGAUGACCAUGGUUAUCAGACAUACGCUUAGACAGUUGCACAAGAGGAAGGAGGCCAUACCGGCUACCUUUGAUGUCCUUAAGGCGGAGGUCGAACUCUCUGAGGAGUUGAGGAGGAUGUGCACCUUUAUCCACACUGAUGAUGGAUCGGAGGAGCUCACUCUGGAGCAUUGGAAUAGGUUCAGACCCCUGUCCAUACCCUCAGUGUGUAGGAAUCUGGCUAAGUCAGGACGCUUGCGGAAGCUGAUCCAGGUCACUUGCCGUCAUGUUCGAGAGCUGUCGAGAGAGCAAUGGGUGGAUCUGUGUAUCGUCCUCAACAUCAACGAAAGCAACUUUGAAGAGGUGGUGGAGGCCCUGGUCCCAUGGGUGAAGCAUUUUGUUGUACCAUACGUGAGUAAUCUGAGUGGUGGCUUGGGCACAGUGGCAGCUAUUGUCGAGCAUCUGAAGUCCCUAGUAGAGUGGGCUACCUCCGUUGCUCUCCAGCAUGCCGUGGACUCUACGGCCGGAUAUGCGUUCGCUGUGGACCUCUUGAAAGGUGUCAUAGCCGCGGUCAAGAGAGCAAUAGCUGUGCCUGAUGCUGAGGUCCCCCUGAGUCGGACUCCCCUCCAUUGGGCGGCCCUUGGGCACCUCAGAGGGCUCAUGGACAAAUGUACAUUCUUGGAGGAAGCGGAAACGCUGUUGAAACGCCUUCACUUGUGUCUAGAAGUUCGACAGUCUUUUGGGAUCCCGGUCAACUUGUCGGACAUUCCAGAUGAUGCAAAGUUGAGGAGGGAGUGGUUCGGCCGUGCAGGCUUGGCCCUUCUCAAACGAGUUCCUACCGAUAAGAUCCGAUCUAUUGUGGAGGACUCUUUGUAUCCUCUGGGCCAGCGUAUGGACCUCGACUACCCGGUCGAAGAAGCUGUCACUAACAUACUGGCGAGUUAUGCGGCGCAUGAUCUGGCUGAAGACUCUGUGGAUCAAACAACUCCUUCCGACUUUGCUAGAGUGAUGGCAGUAUUCGUGUGCAUGCGUACAGAUUCUAGCCGAGCUCGGAUACUGCCGCAUUUGGUAUGGAUAGCAGUGAGGUGUGCUACCUCGGGAGAAGGCAGUUCGGAUGAGCUAGAGGAGGCCGAACGCAUAUGUGAAGAGGCUGAGAGUUGGGACCUGGAGGCAGAGGAUAGGGCCGGGGUAGCUGCCAACAAGAUGAGGAUACUCCUCCACAAGGAGGCCCGACCCCAUCUGCCGUAUGACUCCACUACGACUUAUCCGGAUGCCCUCGAUGCUAUGUUGCCCACGCCCCAGGUGGUCUUCCUAACGGUGACCCAUCUAGCCACACGUCUCGACGACGACGAGGCUUUCCGUGCUGCACUACGCAUUGCUGAUGAGUGCCGUAGAGCCAGGGAGGAUGAGGACGGGCCACGCGACAAGUUAUUGGCUCGCUUUGGUAAAUGCAUAUGUCCCUCGGAAGUAUUGUGUACCCGCUUCAUAUCUGUAUUCGAGCACAGUCUGCGCCCGGGCCCUACCGAGGGGGACGUGUUGGAGGGCAUCACGAGGGCCUCUGCCGUCUUCCGAGAGACACUCCCGUUCGAGUCACAGCUCUCGGGCCUUCGGUCGUUCAUAACCCUACUCUGGACUCGUUGUGGCGCUUCGUCCCUACACCGGCUACCGCUCUACUGCCAGACCGGGAUUAUGGCCGCUAAGAUUGCUCUAACAGAAGGGUCGGACACUAUCAUACAAGACCGUGGACGAUGCUUUCGCCGAUCUCUGUGUUUGAUCGAGGAGUUCGGCUUGGAGGUCCUGCCGAGGGACCUUUGGUACUCUAUCUCCUCCUCGUCCGCGGGGACGGGGGAGUCGGACGAUCACGAGGAGGAGGAGGUCUGUGCGUGGGCUCCAGCGGGAGAACGUGCCAGGAUGAAGUUGCAGAAACUUUUCCGAGAUGCUGUUAUUGGUCCUGCGACGGCGAACUGUCGGCCUACCCGCCUGUCGGAGCUCCUCGGCAUUCCUCGUCGUACAGCUUCUUAUAUCAUGGCCUCUGCCAGGGCGAGCGAGACUGUGCCGGCCUCCCCUACAGCUGAGGAGGGGUCGGUGGGCAGCAACGCACUUUUGGAUGGGUCUGCUCGAUCGUGCCAGAGGGCCCUGGAGUACAUCCGGAAGCAGCUCGAGGAGCAUCUACUCGGUAUGGUGGGACAUGAUAGCUUCUCGCAUGUGGAGCGGCCGUCGGUGGACAAGCUGUCGGCCUUGACAAAACUGGCGGCGAGGUUGACAGCGGUAUGUGAUAGUAAAAUGAUGGUGAAUGAGGAUAUUCUUGACACUGUCCGGAGGCUCCAGUUGGCGACUAGAUUGGUGGCCGCUUCGGACGCUGUGAGUGAAGAGAAGCCCUUGACAGACUACAAGUCGUUGCUUUAUUCUGUGCUCAAGUGGUGCUCAUCGCCAUCGUCCUUGAUGCCCGCGGUGGAGACCUUCCGUGCGGCCGUUGAAGUAGCGUGUGGGGCUGAUUUGGAUGCUGAUGAUGAGGAAGGCGACGACGAGGAAGAGGAGGAAGAGGAUUUCUUUUCGGAUAUCUUGGCCUCGCAGAACUGGUCCAUCGCGGCGGAGGUGGCUUCCUCUAGGCGCCUAGAUGUCCUUGCCGAAUGGCUACGUCGCAUAACCAAUACUGGAGAGGAGGAGGAUGCGUUGCUCAUGCUAAUGCUGGGCCUGUCACUCCCUCAAGCUGUCUCUGAGGAUACCUUCGACAAGGCCAUUAUGGAGAAGAGGGCGUCAGGCCAGGCGUCGCUGUCUAGCUUCUUGGCGGGCACGGCGAGCUGGCUCCCCCUCCUGCGAGAGUUCCUACCAGCAGACGCCCUUGAGCAAGAGGUGUCUCGUCUACAGCUAGCAGACACUUGUACAGACCUCACCGUGGCUGAUGCGACGCUCGCUGAACAGCCUAUGGGGGGAGCUAUUGUGAAGGCCUUCGAGGACAACGCUUAUACGUUGUUCGCGAAGAAGUGUUUGCAGGACCGAUGGGCUAUAUACUGUUCUGAGCUCUCUGUUGAGGUCGACCCGGUUUGCUUGGGAGAGGGCAAGGCGGAGUACCUAUGGCCUCUCAUGGUGAAACUCACUGCGGCUGGUGCUGAGCUGGCGUCUAUACAAGUCUUGGCGAAGGAUUUCCAACUUCCACAGUGGGAGGCGUCCCUUUUGUGGUGUAGUACGGUGAUACAGGAGCAUCAGGGCGAGGAUAGGAUGGACCUGGCAUGGGCUGAGAUGGAUGAGCUCAUUGGACACUAUCGGACUGAGACACUCCGGGUUAUUGAAUGCGAGAUCCUCGGUGUUGUGCAGGACUUGUCCCUCAUCGAGAAGGCCUUGGCUAGACUACCUGAGGGGCCUUUUUCGGCUCAUAGGUUUGCUGCUAAAGCGAUACGGGACUAUGAGACCAAGACGGGUACUGUUGGUAACCUUACAUUGAGGAAGAUGGUUGAGGACCCUCAGUGUGCUCUUAUGGCUGAGCUCAUGGACCGUAGCCUCACUACGGUGGAAGCUAUCCUGGAGGUGAUAGGCCCGGAGUCGGCAGCAGGGUUCAUCUCGGAUGCCAGCGAGUAUAUACUCCAUCACUCAGAGAGGCAGAGUAAUGGGGUGCUCACUGUGGUUUAUGGCGUUGGGGAAGCUGAUACGGACGGCUUCCUACGUGUAGAGAAUCGACUAAGUACUGAGCCUGACUACUGGACAGUGGCUAUCAGUGAACAGCUACUCCCCCUCAUUGACAAGUUGAAGGAUAUAAUGCCCACUCGGGCGAGCGAGAUCCUCAAGGUGUUUAGUGAUAUGCUCCCGGUGUGUGUGGAUAAGCUGAGAGCAUGGCAGAGGUUGAAAGCCCUCGAAAAGAAAGGGGCACCACGGCACAGAUCGAGCGCGGAGAUCAACGCUCUUGAGACCAGAGUGAGCGACCCAGAUAUGGGGAGACCUAUCAUCCUUCAUGUUCGCCAGAUUCUACUCAGAGGAUACCCGAAGUAUGCGCCUUUCGAGCCGAUACUGGUAGAGCUAGGCCCUUGGGCUUGCGCAGAGGCCAUCGGUUAUACUGGCCUUGUUGAGGAAGGGACUGCUGAUGAAGCUUAUGAGCUGCUGACGGAGGUCCUGGCGCUGAAUCGUGUCAAGUUGGGUGUCACCAUGCGAGAGCUGGCCGAUAAGUGGGUGAAGACUCCUGGGAGGCAGGAGCCGUGGAUGAAGAUAGUGAAGCUCCAACGAGAGAAAGCACCGAAGUGCGGAGUUGAUAUCUUCGACCGAGGACAAGUUGAUAGAGACGACAUUCAGCGUGUGGUGAAUCUUCUUAGUCGAUAUAAGCAGGCAACGGACCUUGCCAAGGUGAUGGUCAUGUUGACUAUCUUCUUUGAGUGUGGGCCUACGAGCACUCCAGCCUCGAGGAGCAGGGCGGGAGAUAUAGUACUCCGAAUUAGUGACAUCAGUGACAUUGAGAGCGGCUACAACCACGAGGUGGACUUCCUAGCGCCCAUUAGGGCAUUCUAUGCCUACGUCGACGCUGCUGGACGAGUCCUUGGGGAUUCGAUCGUCCGAACAUUGCCGACGUCGGAUGCGACCUUCGCUGAGGCCAAGAAGAAACAGAUAGCUAAGACAGUUCUCGCGGUUAAGUCGGUCCAUGCGGCGGAAUUCGCGGCGGCCCUCCUGAUCGACUAUCCUGAGGAUCUGGGGUUCGAUUCUGAGACUUGCGGACUCAUUUGUGAGGUCCUGAGGCUCCUGCCGGAGGAAACGGCGGUUGGUACGGUGAGGAAGCUGAUCGCCAGCGGGCAGCUGUCGGCCUUACCCUAUCAUAGAGAUCUCAACCUUCUCCUUGCACACCUCGGCUUUGAGUACUCUAGGUCCUCUUUGGGCCCAUUAUUGGAAGCCUCUGUGGCUUGGGUAGAGGCUGAAGAAUGAUGCAGCUU